AUGCAGGCUCCGCUGGGAUGUGAGUUGGCAGCCGCCUUGGCGGGCUCCUCCCGUUCUGCAAGGGAGCGUCUCCAACUUGGCCGGGCAGCCUGGCGCGCAGCUGCAGCCGGCGGGAACCUCCUUGGUUCAGCUUGCCUAACUUCUUCCUUUUUCUCCCAUCAGGCGUUUCUGGGGCUGCCGUCGCUCUCCUGCUGCUGCUGCUCCUGAGGGCAGAGGCUAUGCCCGUCGGGGAUUCCUCCGGGGAGUCCGAAUUCAGCGACGACUCCUUGGCCAGGACGGUGCCACCCGAGCGCCUCCAGCUGCAGAAAUGCGUGGACCUGGCGCGCUGGCUGCAGGGAAGAGCGGCCGGGUUGACUCGAGAGGUGAGAGCGAGCGCGCAGAGCGCCAGGGGAAACGAGCACGCGUCCUUUCUUGGGGCGGGGACUCGGGCAUCUCUUUUCCUUCUCUGAGCUGGGGUGUUGCAACUUUUCAAGUUUAGUGCGGGAGCUCCUUCUGCUCCUAAGCCUGGGAAAGGGAGUGCAUCUUUCCAAUGGUUCAUGGGCUGAGCGAGCCUCGCAACAACGCCUUGGGGCGUUUGCGCUCCCAGGACGCCAGCUAGAGACAGAUCUCUUUGCAGAAGGACAGUUGAGAUAAGAAAAGCAUUUAUUGCAAACGAACAGCAGCAGUGAAGUGGAUUCUAGCAGGCCAAAAAGCAUGCGGGCACGUCCAACAGGUAGAUCGUGAUCUAGCAGUAGAUCACUGGAUGUCUGUGGCAGAUCACCGGUAGAUCAAGUAGCUCCCCCCGCAGAAGUUAAAAAAUCUCAGCAUCUUUGCCCUGCACCCCUAAAAAAUGGGCCUUUCCUCCCUAAAAAAAGCUCAACAUCGCUUUCCUCCUCCCUAGAAAAGGUCAACAACUUUGAUCUGAACCCCGAAAAAGGGGGUAGAUCACUGCCAGUUUUUAUCUCUGUGAGUAGAUCACAGUCUCUUGGAAGUUGGCUACCCCUGUACAGGAACCCAGGAAAGGCAGGAUACAGCUGUGCUUUUUAUUAUUAUUAUUAUUAUUUGGUAACUCCCAACAAUGUAAGUGUCCAAUAACAAUUUUGUUUGAAGUGCCCCCAAGAAUUUCUAAAGGAUUUUAAAAUUACAUUUAUAUCCCACCUUUCCUCCAAGGGGCUAAAGGUGGGCUACAGGGUUCUCAGACCAUUUGAAUGGCAAUGUUCAUCAACUAUGGGAAGUGGCCCCCUCAAAUUUUUGGGGGGAGGGGCAAAGGAACCUCAGCGUGGUGUAGUGGUUAAGAGUGGUAGACUCGUAAUCUGGUGAACUGGGUUCGAUUCCCUGCUCCUCCACAUGCAGCUGCUGGGUGACCUUGGGCUAGUCACACUUCUCUGAAGUCUCUCAGCCCCACUCACCUCACAGAGUGUUUGUUGUGGGGGAGGAAGGGAAAGGAGAAUGUUAGCCGCUUUGAGACUCCUUAAAGGGAGUGAAAGGCGGGAUAUCAAAUCCAAACUCCUCCAACUAUGGGAAGUGGCCCCCUCACUUUUUGGGGGGGAGGGGCAAAGGAACCUCAGCCCUUAGGAGCUGGUUCCUAUGCCCCAUAAUAACCCUGUGAUGUAAGUUAGGCCUAGAAGUGACUAGAGAUCUUCUGCUGGGCUUCAGAGCUGGGGAUUUGUACCCUCAUCCAACACUGUGAGGAUACCGAAAUGUAGAGCAGAAACCGGGAAAGGCCAGUAUGCACACAGGAAGCAUUUAAUAGAACUAUAUUUAUUUAAAACAGAUUGUGUACAUAAAGUAUGUCACAAUGCAAAGGAUGAUAAAGCAACAGGCAAACCAUGUGGGUAGGCGGUUCCCAUGUCAGGAAGUUGCUCGUUCAUUACCUGCUCGGGACCAGGGUUGUGCUUCCUUGAAGGAACGAAUUUGUAGAGCUACUUUUGUCACUUGUGGCUAAGAGUGCCUUUUACCAGUUUCAGCUGACUGGCCAGUUAUGGCCAUUCCUGGGCAGGGAAAAAUCUCAGGAACUGACUACUGCACUGUACCCUAUAUGGGUCUGCCCUUGAGUUUGGUCCAGAUGGUGCAGUUAGUAUUGCUAUCUCAUCAGCCUAUUACACCUUUCCUCCAACAAUCUACUCUUUCAGUGUGAUUAUGGCCCUUUCAUUUACUCAAGCCUUUUCUGAAUGAAUUUUUUAAAAUAUCUUCUGGCAUUCUACUGUUAUUUCAACUGUUAUUCUUUUGUGCAUUCUUUAUAUUUUUGGUUUUCUGAACACCACUGAGACAUUUUACUGUGUCAUAAAUCUGUGUAAUUAAAAAAAAAACCACAUGGCAUGAACGCCAAUACAGUGGUACCUUGGGUUAAGUACUUAAUUCGUUCCGGAGGUCCGUUCUUAACCUGAAACUGUUCUUAACCUGAAGCACCACUUUAGCUAAUGGGGCUUCCUGCUGCCGCUGCGCAGCUGGAGCAUGAUUUCUGUUCUUAUCCUGAAGCAAAGUUCUUAACCUGAAGCACUAUUUCUAGGUUAGUGGAGUCUGUAACCUAAAGUGUAAGUAACCCGAGGUACCACUGUACUUGCAGAGCCUCCAUACAGUAACCCUCUAAACCCUACAUUCCUUGUAUAUAUUACAAACUUAAGUUGCAGUCUUAUGUGCUGCCAUAGGUACCGCCAGCUCCCUAGGUGCCCGAGCACCCACAAAAUUCCCCAUGAAGGGGCCAGGCACCCACAAACUUUGGUGCCCGGGCCAUGCAAGCUGCAUGGCACCCACGGCCCCGGGCACCCACAGUCAUGGGGCCAAGCUAGCACUUUUGUGUGCCACUUACCUGGGAGUAACUUCUGAGGCAACAUGGUUAGCUAUGGGCUGAUAGGCAGAGUUUGAGUGAUGGCGAAGCGCUGGGUUUUUCUAGGAGAAUCAUUCAGCAUAAUGUAUCCUCUAUUGGUCACUCUUUAGGAAUACACAUUUGCUUUAGUAGCAGUAUGUGCUUUUCUAUAUAUAAAAAUAUAGUGCUCAAUACAUUCCUGUUCUCUCUUUCCUUAUUCACUUAUUACUUAAUACUAAUAUUCACCAAAGAAGUUAAGAUUUAUAGAAAAAUGAAUGAUUUGAGAUUUGAAGUCUCGUUUUUUGUUUUGCUUUCCAGGGUUGGGAAAUUUGGUACCCUGGCUAAACAUAGUGAAGAACCCAAUAUUUUGCAGGGAAGUUCAAAAUGCAGGGGCACACCUAAGUCAGUUUUUAUAGGAAAUGUUUAAAAAGUGGGAGUUACACUUGCAAAUUGACAUUCAGAAUCCCUUUUUCUCAGUAGACAUUACAAUUCCGAUUUGAAAUUGACCUAGCAUUGUGAAUACUGCUGCAUCUUCAGAUUAGGGAUAGCUGCAGGGGUCAGAAGACCACAGGAAAAGCAGUUUCGGACCACCUAAUGAAUGUCAGCGAUGGAGAGAGGUUUACAUCUUCCAUGGGGUAUAUGGAUGGUCUGGAAUAUAACAUUAAAGUGGUCAUGGGGGGAAAAGUCUGAUUAAACCUUGUUGUGUUUUACUAGCUAUGUAAGAAGGAGGCCGUCUGUCAAGGCAAGAUGGAACUGGCCGUGAAUAAUCUCAACCUUCCAAAGAUCACUCAAGAAGAUAAAUGCUAUGACACUGGAUUUGAAAAGGCAAGUUUAUUAAUACAUUACCAGUGGCACCAACAACAAAUUGCUGGUUGAAUUCUGCUGUUCAGGAUUCCUGCCACUCCAUCCCAUUCCCAAUAGUCAAGGAGCAUUCAAUCUAUGGUUACUGAACAUGCUCAGACCUCAUUGUGCUCUUUUUGGAGUUUCCCUAUUUAGAACUAAGCAUUUUUAAUAUGUUUGCAAAUGCUGAGGUCUCCCUAAGCCUGCUGAUGUUAACUACAUAAGCAACAGUGCUUAUAGUCUGGAUUGAUAAAGGUUGUGCAUUUGUGUAGCAUGAAAGCAAGAAUUAAGGAGGAAUGAUUAAUGUUUGGUGCAUAUAGUCAACCAUAUUAUUUCCAAAGCUGUUCGUAAUAUUUUGUUCAUCUCAGAGUAUUUUGACUGCUUACCCCAAUCAUACAGUUUUAUUGCACCAUAAAAUAUUUGUUAAGGAAUGUAAUGAGUGUGAUAUUUCUGACUCAUAAAUUUCCGUUAACAAUUUUUUAUUUAUUCUCCUGUUUUAGGAAACAUGUCUGGGAAGACUUUCAAGUGGUCUUUAUGCUUUCGGGACAUUCUUUGAAUAUUUAGAAGAGGCUUCUGUUGAGACUGCAGAAACGUUUCGGCCAAGCACACAACACCUGGCAAAUACCUUGAGAGCAAUGGUAAGUUCUAUUACAUUUAAUCCUACAUAAAUGUUCUGGGAGAUAAGGAGAUGGAGUGAGAAGAUUAUGAAGUUCUGGAAGUCAACACACAAUGCACUCUGGUUAAGGACACAUAACACUAUAGGCACUAAAUGGAAACAUUUUUUUCCCAUUUGGUGUUUUACUUCUUUUUAUUUAUUAAAUUGUUAUACCACCCUUCAUUCAAGAAUCACAGGGCGGUUUACAAUGGAAAAACAAACAAAUACAUAACUUAAAAAACCAGUUAGUUAUGCUUAUGACAGUUGUAACAAUAAGCCUUAUUAAUAAGUAGGGGGGCUAUGUAUUAGGUUGAUAGACAAAGGGGGGGGGGGAAAGACUUUUCAAUUCCCCCCUCCAUGUAGAAUUAGGACCCAUCUAUGUGUAAAGUUCUAUAGAUGUAUUUUAAAAUACAAUUUAAGUAGGCCCUUAACUUUUGAAACAGUGAGUUAUUACCAUUACCCAAAAUAAUUCCUAUAUAGGAAAAAGGGUUAGGGGUUAUAAUGCAGAACUUGCCCCUUUCAAAAGUUGGCUGUGUGAACAGUUUGGUUUAAGAUGGAGAAUACUGAGAGAGAAACUGUAUCCAAUAAUAUUUUGGGUUCUGGAUGAGAAGAGUGUAUGCAUAACUGUUCCUUUAAGUGAUUUGCAUUAUGCGCUUAAAAGCAUUAUAAUUUAUUUAUUUAAUAAAAUUCAUCUACUGCUUGAUUAUAGAAAACCUCCACAGUCACGGCUUACCCCCAAGAAACCUGGGAACUGUAGCUUGUUAAAGGUGCUAAGAGUUGUUAGGAGACCCCUGUUCUCCUUGGACAACUACAGUUCCCAGAGUAGAUUCACAAUCAAUCCCUCUUCUUAGAGAACUCCUAGAUAACUUAGACAUAUAGCAUUGCAUGUUACAAAGGGUUCUGCAAUCUGUAAAUACUUCCAGCUAGCAUCUUGCCUGAAGAUGAGUAAAAUCCAUUUGUCUGAUAAAAAAACAGCAUCAUAACCAGCAACUUUUAUUAUUUCCUCCCCUUAACAGAUGAACAAUCCUGAAACUGUGACCUUGCCAGAUCCAGCCGCUCAGAAAAUUCUUGCCACAAAGCUUCGAGAACAAAGAGGCUGGACUGUUACAGUUAUCAAACACUUCAUACUUCAAGAUUUUACUUUAUUUAUGCAGAAAACUACAAGGGCUCUUCGUGUCUUAUGA